AUGCUUCCAGCACAGCUUUCACAAGCACAGCACAAUACUCUCUACUCCCCGCUUCCUAAUCUUCGCACUGACGUGAAUUUUGCGACGAAGCACCCCUCCAAUUCCAGGUUUGUCUUGGAUAAACGCCAGAUUUCAAACUGGCCAGACUUUGAAAGGGAGAUGAGGACCUACCUAGCUAAGCACGUUGGGAACAUCGGUAAGUCCACAAUUUUGAAGUCUGGUGAAACCUUCGGCGUCGGCAAUGAGCUUGUUCAGGCGCGCUUUACCCAAAAUGUCUGCCACGUAAUUGCAGAAAUGGUAGAGGAAUUGGGCUAUAAGGUCAAUUUUGCGGAUUACCAGUACGGCCGCAACAGAAGACAAGGGCAAAACAAAAGAAAGCGUACCCUAAUUCGCUCGAGGAGAGUUCCAGAUAUCGUCGUGGUACAUAGCCCGAGUCAUGACAUCCGCAUCAUUGGGGAGAUCAAGACCGCGUGGACAUUCAGGCCCAAGAAGAAGCAGCCCUGGGACGAGUUUUGGCAACUUGCACGCUACAUGGACGACCAUUACUGCCGGUACGGCUUCUUCACGACAUACGACUACGCGUGGUUCCUAAGGCGAACUGACGCCUACCACUUUGUAAUUUCGAAGCCCAUUAGCUCCACAGCCCAUAGUGGCCCAGCAUCAAUCUUUGUCAGGGAGUGCUUUAACUCUUUGGCAAUUCGUGCCACCGAGGGUGCGUCGACAGCAUGGCUGACUAUGUUUGGUCACGAGCUUACCAAAUGUGGGUACCAUCCACCUGGCCGAACAACAGCAGUGUCCAUAGUAGGACAAGUGAUUGCCAAACUGUGA